GGGACUUGGAAAGUUCAGUCUGAGUCCCCUGAGAACUGAGGUGAUGACAGGCCGACUCUUAGAGCUAAAGGUAACUGCCAUCACCUGAAUAGCACGGUACAAGAGAACUUGCUGCCAUAACACAAGGAUUCUAUAUCUGCACUAUCCAGUGUGAUAGCCACUAGUCAUGUGGGGCUAUGGAGCCCCUGAAAUAUGGCUGAUAUGACUGAGGAACUAAAUUUUUAUUAUAAUUAUUUAAACUUAAGUAGCCACAUGUGGCUAGUAGCUAUCAUAUUAGACAGUACAGAUCUGGAACAAUUGAAAAUGGGAAAGUCAGCUUUCGCGCUGCCUGUCGCUAUGAGAACCAAUUCCUAGAGACAAAGGUUGAAUCCGUAUGGGCGCUUUAUUUAAGUGGCCAGCAAUCUGAGAAGACGACUCAUUAUGUACCUUAAAAACCACCUAUGUCUCAUCUCAAGCCAACCUUAGGAGAGUGUACGUAAGAGGUUUGGAGUUCAGAAAAAAAGUAGGUAAGGGGUUUGGAAUUCAGAGAAAAAGGUUAAUCAGAUAAAAGUUGCAGUCUGGCGAUUUUCCUAGCACCCUCUCAUCUGCUGACUGGUAAUUCUUUAUCUGUGUCCUGGGUAGUGGAUGUUCUCUCCCUGCCUCACAAUGGCUCAGAUACCAUCUUGAUCGCUCACAGUCCUGCCGGGGCACGAAGGUUGAACUGCUGUGGGUCCCCUGGAGUCAGGGUAGGUCUGGCCAUAAGUUUCAGUUCCUGGAACAAUAGCUUUCUACAAGCGUUAAUUACCAAGUCUAUUAACUCCAACUAGGAGCUAAACCAUUUUCAACUCCUGAGUUCCCCCAUCACAGUCUCCUUAUUUUUUCAAUGCACAACAUCGAGGCUCAGAGACAAGAGGCUUGUCCAAGUUCACACUAAUCAUUAACAGCAGAACCAGGACUGGGAGCUGGUUCUUUAUUCACCUCACCAUCAGUCGACAUGCAUGUGGUGAGGUCAGUGGAAAUGAAAUCAACCAAUGAAAAUCAAGAAGUGGGCCACAGAAUGGAUUACUACAAUGCAGAAAACUUGUACUGGGAAAAUUUAACCUGGGAUGAGGCCUACACUUAUAACUACACUGACCUGUUGUCCCUCACUCCCGAUACUGCCCCAUGCCGACCGGAAUCUCUGGAUAUCAACAAGAAUGCUGUGAUUGUCAUCUAUGCCCUGGUCUUCCUGCUGAGCCUGCUGGGAAACUCCCUGGUGAUGCUGGUCAUCUUACACAGCCGGGUCAGCCGCUCUGUCACUGAUGUCUACCUGCUGAACCUGGCCCUGGCUGACCUGCUCUUUGCCCUGACCUUGCCUAUCUGGGCUGCCUCCAAGACAAAGGGCUGGAUCUUUGGCACAAUCAUGUGCAAGGUGGUCUCACUCCUGAAGGAAGUCAACUUCUACAGUGGUAUUCUACUGCUGGCCUGUAUCAGCAUGGACCGCUACCUGGCCAUUGUGCAUGCCACACGCACACUGACUCAGAAGCGGCACUGGGUCAAGUUCAUAUGCUUAGGCAUCUGGACACUAUCUCUGAUCCUGUCCCUGCCCAUCUUUGUCUUCCGUAAGACCAUCUACCCACCUAAUUUAGGCCCAGUCUGUUACGAGGAUUUGGGUGCCAACACAACAAAGUGGCGCAUGGUGAUGCGGAUCCUGCCUCAGACCUUUGGCUUCCUCUUGCCUCUGCUGGUCAUGCUGUUCUGCUAUGGGUUCACCCUGAGCACACUGUUUCAGGCCCACAUGGGGCAGAAGCACCGGGCCAUGCGGGUCAUCUUCGCUGUCGUGCUUGUCUUCUUGUUCUGCUGGCUGCCCUACAAUCUGGUCCUGGUGACAGACACCCUCAUGAGGCUUCGGGUCAUUGAGGAGACCUGUCAACGCCGAAAUGACAUUGGCCGAGCCCUGGAUGCCACCGAGAUUCUGGGCUUCUUCCACAGCUGUCUCAAUCCCCUCAUCUAUGUCUUCAUUGGCCAGAAGUUUCGCCAUGGACUCCUCAGGAUCAUGGCCACCCAUGGCCUGAUCAGCAAGGAAUUCCUGGCCAAGGAGGGCAAGCCUUCCUUUGUUGGCUCUUCUUCAGGGAACACUUCUACCACCAUCUAAGACCCCCACCCCUGUUGCAGCCCCACAGGGCCCCUUCCCUCCUGCAAGCACCCGAGACUCAUGUCUACUGGCUAUUCACAGUCUCUGUGUCAGGACAGCCCCCCACUGAGGUCACAGGAAGUUGCUGAGGCCUCAACCUCACCAGGCCCCAUUGUAUGGCUGAGAAAGCCUGCCUUGAAGCCUCACCCCUCAUUGUAAUUACUAUGUCAUCUGUGAGAGCUCUGUCCAUUCUACCACUGAGCCCAUAGCACUCUGUCCUCGGAGACAUUUCAAAGAUACGCUUUGUAGUGAGUUCAAAAAGUUCCCAGCCUUGGGAGCUAUCAGUGGCAGACACCACAGUUGCUUCCCCAACUCUCCCUUUCCUUGCUUGCUGGCCAAGUCUGCUUCCCUUGAGAGAGGCUGAAAAUGAUAUAUACCUCCACGAUUUCUUUAAGCUAGGAGUGGCCAUAUUUUCCAGUUCUGACUAGGAAGAUUUACAGGCAAGUAUGUGCUGGUAAACUAAUCUCCUGGGGGAAAAAUGUCUUGUAUGAAGCGUUCACCGAGUUCCAUGUUAUAAAUGCUCCCCACCAUAGCAAUUUCAAGGGUGGUGGUGUUUAACAACCAGCUCACAAAAUUCUAGAAAAUGUAAUAAUCUAUUUUCAUAAGCAGGUACAAACUGGCUUCUGCGAAACAUUGCAUAAGAGGAGUCUGCUGGGGCCAGGGAACUCCUGGGAAAUACUCCUGAUUAAAAAAGAGAGGAACACACACUCCCACAUACUUGGGUCUUGGGUUUAAAUGUGGAUAUAGGCUAUGAUAUGUGGUACUGAGGCGACAAUUUUGUGACAACGAGGCAAAAAAACCUAACACGCCUAACAAACCUAACAGCUUGGGCUGAUGAAGGCAGAGGAUAAAAAGAACUUAAAAAUGGAAAGCCCAGGAAUAAAUCUAAACAAGCACAAGAAGAAAACUGGUCCUUUACCUUACAUCAUAUACAAAAAUUAACUCAAAAUAGAUUGAAGAUCUAAACAUAGGAACAAAACUCUAUAACUCUUAGAAAAAAACAAGGGGGUAAAAUCUUCGCAAUAUUGGAUUUUGCAGUGAUGUCAUGGGUAUGACACCAAAAAAACAGGCAACAAAAGAAAAAAUAGAUAAAUUGGUCUUCAUCAAAGUUAAAAAUUUUUGUGCAUCAAAGGACACUUUUAACAGAGUAAAAGGUAAACCACACAAGGGGAGAAAAUAUUUGCAAAUCAUAGAUCUUACAAGGAGUUAAUAUCUAGAAUAUAUAAAGAAUUCCUUCAACUCAGUAGCAAAAAAAAAAAAGGCCUUAUUCCAAAAUGGGCAAAGUACUUACAGAACAGACAUACCUCCAAAGAACACAUAUAAAAAAACAACAAAAUAACAAGUGUUGGUGAGGACAUGAAGACACUGGAUGAUUGUGCAAUGCUGGUGAGAAUGGAAGAUGGUACAGCCACUGUGGAAAACAGUGUGGUGGUCCCUCAAAAGCAUUAAACCUAGAAUUACAAUAUGAUUCAGCAAUUCCGAUUCUGGGUUAUAGCCAAAGCACUGAAAGCAAAGACUCAACUGGAUAUUUGUACACUGGUGUUCAUAGCAGCAUUAUGUCUGCAAUAGCCAGAAGAUGGAGACAACCCAGAUGUCCAUCAGUGGAUGACUGGAUAAAUAAAACAUAGUAUAUUCAUACAAUGGAAUACUAUUCACUCUUAAAAAGGAGCAAAUUUCUAAUAUAUGUUAUAAUAUGAGUAAACCUAGAAAAUAUUAUGCUAGGAGAAAUAAGCCAGACAGAAAUACUACAUGAUUGAACUUAUAUGAAGUACCCAGCAUAACUAAAUUCAUAGAGACAGAAAGUAAAGUAGAGGUUACCAGGGGGUUGAGGCGGGGAGGCAAUGGGGAGUUAUUGAUGAAAGAAUACAGAAUUCAGCUGGGGAUGAUUAAAAGAUUCCGGAGAUGGAUAGUGGUGAUAGUUGUACAACACUGUGAAUGUACUUAAUCCCAUUAAACUGUAUAUUAAAUGUUAAAAUGGUGAAUCUGGCUGUGUAUAUUUCACCACAAUUUUUUUUAAGAAACCUCAUUACAAAAAAGCAAAUCCUAGAACCACUUACCUAUAACUUCUUGUUAAGUGAGAUAAUAAAAUACAUACCUUUUUUGUACAAACCAUUUUUAUUUUUUAUAUUCUAUUGAUUAUGCUAUUACAGUUGUCCUGGUUUUCUUCCCUUUGCCCUCCUCCACGCAGCACCUGCCACUCCCUCAGGAAAUCCCCCCACCAUUGUCCACGUCCAUGGGUCAUGCGUAUAAUAAGUUCUUCCACUACUCCAUUUCCUACACGAUACUGUACAUCCCCGUGGCUAUUCUGUAACUACCUAUUUGUACUUCUUAAUCCCCUCAGAUCUUCACCCAUUCUCCCUCACCCCCUCCCAUCUGGCAACAAUUAAAACAUCCUCUGUAUCCAUGA